AUGACAACAGGCUGGAGACGACUCACUGUCGGUGUGGUCGGUGGCGGCAUCGGGGGAAUGUCCGUUGCUAUUGCCCUACGCCGUGCAGGUCACGAGGUCACCAUCUACGAGAAGUCCGAUUUUGCGGGCGAGGUGGGCGCAUCAGUUUCCUGCGCGGCGAAUGGAGAUCCCGUCGUGCUCAAGAAGCUCAUCAACCGGGAUUGGAAGACGGGCGAGCCGGUCAGCGUGUACGACCUGGAUGAUUAUGAAGAACGGUGGGGAUAUGUGUACAACAUGUUCCAUCGCCAGUAUAUGCAUGCGAUGCUGAAGGACUCAGCGAUGGGCGAGGACGGACCGGGUACGCCCGCAACUUUGCUGGUGAACCACCGUUGCAAGGAUAUCGAUCUCCAAACCGGCAAGAUCAGCUUCGAGGACGGAUCGACGGCGCAACACGACCUUAUCGUUGGCGCAGACGGCAUCGGGUCUACCGUGCGCCGCAUCUUGGGAAUUACACCAGAGAAGCGGCCCUCGGACUCCAGCUGCCUGCACGCCAACGUGUCAACCGAAGAUGCCGUCAAGGCCGGUCUGGUGGACUACUCGCAGGACAGCGCGCUGGAGUACUGGGGCGGACAAGAGGGCAAAUGGGACAAGAUCGUGCUGUCACCCUGUAACGGCGGAAAGCUGCUGUCGUAUUACUGCUUCUUCCCGCGCGAGCAGGGCGACUAUACGAACCAGACAUGGGGCGCCGAGUCGCGUCCCGUCGAGGAGUUGCUUCGGCCCUAUCCCCAGCUAGACCGGCAGGUGUUUGGACAUUUGGCAAUUGGCAGGGAGAUCCAGCCAUGGCGUCUGUGGGUGCAUGAUCCGUACCCGUAUAUCCAGCGCAAUAAUGUCUGUCUGCUCGGCGAUGCUGGGCACCCAAUGAUGCCGCAUCAGAGCCAGGGUGCUUGUAUGGCUAUUGAAGAUGCUGCGGCACUGGGUAUCCUCUUUAGCCCACGGUACUUCUCUGGUGAUAUUUCCCGGAUGCUGGCUGUAUAUCAGGACGUACGACUCCCGCGCGUCACGAAAGUGCAAGCUGCCGCUGCGAAGGCGGCAUAUAAUAUCAACGAGCGCAUUGGCUUCUCAUUCAAUAAAGAUAUCCCUACCUACAAGGUAGAAGACACGAAGAAAGUGUUGACAAUCGAAGAGAUGAACGCAUAUGACAUGUACAAGGAUGUCGAAGAAAAGCUCGCUGCUACGCUAGGCAGUCCAUAUACGGACAAAUUCAUUUGCGGUCUACCCAUUGGAUUGGAGUUGCCGAAUGGGAUCAUUAUCGGCGCGUCUGCAUAA